AUGUCAGCAGCAGUAGAAGAUAUACCAAUGGAAGAUACCAGUAAUAGUGAACAAGAACAAGAACAAGAAUAUGAUAUAAAUAAAAUAAAAAUUUUACCAGGAGCUUCAGAAGAUGGUACAUCAGCAUCAUUUCAAAUCAUUGAUGAAGAUCAUACAUUAGGUAAUGCUCUUAGAUACAUAAUUAUGAAAAAUCCUGAAGUUGAAUUUUGUGGAUAUUCUAUACCACAUCCAAGUGAAAAUAAAUUGAAUAUUAGAAUUCAAACCUAUGGUAAUAUAAGUGCAGUUGAAGCAUUACAUCAAGGAUUAGAUAAUUUGAGUGAAUUAUGUAGUGCUAUUGAAGAUAAAUUUGAUGAAGCAGUUAAAGCUGGUGGUUAUUCUACUAAAGAGCCAUAA